AUGUCAGGCAAGCGUCUACUCGACGCUAUCCAAUUCCUGAAUGUCGCCAAGUCAGUUGCGACGAAGCACCUCGCAGUGCGUCAACGACAGCUCGAUGUAUUUACGAGGACGUCUUCCCUUACGAAGGGUAUCAAGAACCAGACGGAUGGCUUGAUUCUCACAGCCAAAGCUGCUGCGGCGCUUGCUAAACGUUUCGACGACACCCCUUCUCAGCCGCAGACAACCCCCGCAAAUCCCUCCGAACCCUCCCCUCGGACGCAGAACGAACCUCAUGUUGGGGUUAAGAUACCCGCAUCAGCUACCGGCACUGGUGGAAAUAACGUGAAAGGUCAAUUGGGUGUCAGUCCACAACAGGAGGAAUUUUACCAGCCUUCGCGGGAACCAGCUGCAGAGCCCGCCGGGACACCCCAAGUGAAAGUACCACAGGCGGCAAGCGAUACACAAGUUGGUUUAGAUGGGCAUAUAAAUGCAGAAGUUUAUCAAUCACCUGUUAAAGCUUCAUCUGGGAGGCACACGGAAGGAAAUGCUGGGUCGGACCGUUUAAAAGUGAGCCCACAGCAGGAGGAAUUCUACCAUCCUACGCUAGAGCCCGCUGCUGGUCGCACCGGAUUGCCUAAAGUCGAGCUACCACGCGCUACGAAUACCGCACAGACCGGGUUUGAUGAGGAUAUAAACGCGGAGACUUACCAGUCGCCCGCAGCACAAGAGCAGGAACUCCCGGAAGAUAUGAUGAAGGACAUAUUCCAUAGCCCCAAAGUUGCCAGAACACUCUCUCGGAAAGCAGCAGCAGACAUGAGGUUCCGUUCUCUGGGCACAAGAGAGGGUGCUGCGGAGAAAGUUGAUACGCGAGGCACUGGCAACAUUGAGCCGACGGCUGUGGAGGAUAUCGUCCCGUCGGAUUCGAAGAUAGAGUCGGAAGUAAUUGCAGAACUCAAGAAAGAGGAAGAUGUCUAUCGUAUGGUUGAAUCGCGAGUUCCGUCUUCCCGAAUAGGACGGCUUUGGCAGUAUGGUGGCCUCGCAACUUCGAUGGCUUUUGGAGCCGUCGGUGAGAGUUUUCGCAGAGUGACGGGGAAUGCAGAAGAUGCUGCCGGAUCACUCAUGUUCAGCGCAGGGAACAUGGAGCGUCUCGUGGCCAAGUUAUCCAAAAUGCGCGGCGCUGCUCUGAAGCUUGGUCAAAUGAUUAGUUUCCAAGACUCGAAAAUGCUCCCAGACUCGAUUCAGCAGGUUCUUCAAAGAGUUCAGGACCGCGCAGAUUAUAUGCCAGCCUACCAACGGGAUAAGGUCCUCACGGACAACUUGGGACCUAACUGGCGGGACCUCUUCGAGUCCUUUGAGGAAGUCCCGAUGGCAGCCGCUUCCAUCGGUCAAGUCCACGGAGCCGUUUUUAAAAGCACAGGACAACCAGUAGCCGUGAAGAUCCAAUACCCUGGUGUCGCUGACUCCAUCGAUUCGGACCUCAACAACCUCUCCAUCCUUCUUACGGCGUCGCGCAUCCUCCCCCGCGGUCUAUACCUCGACAAGACUAUUGCAAACGCCCGAACGGAACUUGCCUGGGAAUGCGACUACACCCGCGAAGCCGAAUGCGGGAACCGCUUCCGGGAGCUCCUGAAGGACGACCCCGUCUUCCACGUCCCCGAGAUCAUCCCCGAAGCCUCUGGCCAAAACGUCCUCACAAUGGAGCGUCUCAACGGUAUAGCCGUCACCAAGAUCCAAAAUUUCACACAAGACCAGCGCGACUGGAUUGGAACCCAAAUCCUCCGUCUGUGUCUCCGUGAAAUCACCGAAUUCAAAUACAUGCAGACAGACCCUAACUGGACAAAUUUCCUCUACAACGCCUCGACCAACAAUCUAGAGCUCCUUGACUUCGGUGCCUCAAGAGCCUACCCCUCCAGCUUUAUCGAUAAAUAUGUCCAAACCCUCCUCGCUGCCUCGCGAUCAGACAGAGAGACAUGCCACACUCUCUCCAUCGAGUUAGGCUACCUGACAGGCCAUGAAUCUCGCGCCAUGGUCGACGCCCACGUAUCUUCAAUCCUCACCCUCGCAGAACCAUUUAUGGACUCGUCGCCCGAUGUCUAUGAUUUCCAAGACCAGACAAUCACAGACCGCGUACGGGAUUUAAUCCCUGUUAUGAUAAGGGAGAGGUUAGCACCACCGCCUGAGGAGACAUACAGUCUGCAUAGGAAGCUGAGCGGGGCAUUCUUGCUUUGCGCAAGGCUGGGUAGCAAAGUCCGCUGUAAAGAGCUAUUCAAGGAUGCUAUGGAGAAGCUAGACGGUAGUAAGUAG